AUGUCCGAACUAGAUCCCAACCUCUACACGGUGGCGUGGAUCGCUCCUCUCGAGAUCGAAGCUCAAGCAGCCUUACACAUGUUGGAUACGCGACAUGACGGCAAAUUCCCCGUCAAUCGCGGAGACGACUACGUGUUCCACGCUGGUAUUAUGUGCAACCACUAUACAGUCAUCGCGACCCUUCCCGCAGGCCAGGAGUACGGUACCGGCUCCGCAGCCGCUCUCGCCAGUCAGGUCAAGACAUGCUUCCCUAAUCUGUGGUUUGGACUUCUCGUCGGCGUCGCAGCUGGCCUGCCUAACCUCACUACAACUCCGCCGCGCGAUAUCCGCCUAGGUGACGUUCUAGUGGCGCUCCCCGAAGGCGACACUCCCGGACUUGUCGCAUACGACUUAGGCAAAGAGACGGCGAAAGACGGCUUCCAGCUGCUUCAUUCGGGACAUGUUCUAAAUAUCACUGAAACUAUUGUCAGAGCUGCGAUUGGUUAUAUCAAAACAACCGCGCCCACGGAAGAAGGCAAUCUUUUUCUCUCGCACUACGAACGUAUAAGAGACAAAAGGCACACAACCGGCACUUUUGCCGACCCCGGCCAGGACCAUGACAGACUAUAUGAGACGGAUGAGACGGGGGAAAAGGAAGUCGAGCGUGAGCCACGGCCCGAUGUGGAGCGCACGCGAGUGUGGUACGGCCCGAUAGGCUCCGGGGAAAAGCUGAUGAAGAAUCGUCAGAAGAGGAACGAGCUGAGGGACAGGUUUAACGUCAUUGGACUGGAGAUGGAGGCAGCUGGUACUAUGAACCGCAUUGCUGUAGGUGUGAUCCGAGGCGUUUGUGACUAUGGAGAUGAGCGGAAGAACAAGCAAUGGCAGCCCUAUGCUGCUGCAAUGGCGGCCGCGUAUGCAAAGAGCGUGUUGUCGACGAUUCAUCAUCGGCCUGCUCCCGGAAGACAAGGAGAACUGGUCUUGGCACAUUCUAGGACUGACGAUGAAUCCCGCGAGAGUAAGUGA